AUGAGGAUCAGGAGGCGGCCUCCGGGCCAGCCUCUCGCCUACCUGCUGCCCUCAGAUCCAUACCCCGCGCCCCAGUCGUCGGCGCCGCCUGCGUCGCGAGAUCAUCAGGAGCGCCCUCCUCCGCCUCCGGGGGACAAGCAAGGGGAGGGGGAGUUGCACUUGCACCCCGCAACAAAUGAUUCCGCCGCGGAUCUCGGGGACGCCCGCUCCUCCUCGCCGCUCAGGCGCCCGGCAUUGCCGCCGCAGGACGGUGCGGUAGAGCAGCGCAGCAGCGGUCUACAAGGUGCACAACAACAACAACAACAGGGGCCUGCAGACGGCGGCAGCAGCCUAGAGAAUAAUGGUCUCCAUCAUCGCCACGUGCCGGAGCCGGUGACGAUCCAGACCGGAGAGCAUCUCAGCAACAACGGCGUUGGCGGAGCAGCGGUGGUGACAACGACAGCAACAACGGGCGCGAAGGCGACGAAGCAGAAGCAGCAAGUGACAAAGAAUACCAGCGGCGGCGUGAAGAGGGCGCCGCCGAGCCCAAGCAAGCUGAUGGCGGGGUCACGGUGCAGCCGGAAGAACGGGCGCGGGUGGCGGUGCAGCCAGACGACGCUGAUGGGCUACGCCCUCUGCCAGUACCACCUCGGCAAGGGCCGCAUGAAGAGCGGGAGCGCCGCGACCGGCGGGCGUGGCCCCGGCCAGCUCGGCCGCACCGAGCACGCCAAGAAAACCUCGGCUGCUGACGUGGCCCCGGCCACCGCCGCCGCGACCGGCGGGCGCGGCCCUGGCCAGCUCGGCCGCACCGAGCACGCCAAGAAAACCUCCGCUGCGGCUGCUGUGGCCCCGGCCACCGCGGCGCCCAAGGCGGACGUGCCGCCGCCGCCGAGCGUGGCCCAUGCCACCGCGGCGCCCAAGGCGGACGUGCCGCCACCGCCGAGCGUGGCUCCCGCCACCCCGGCGCCCAAGGCGGGCGUGCCGCUGCCACCGAGCGUACAGCACUGCAGCUAG